AUGAUUCCAUUCCUACCCCAGAACGUUCAACUACAGCUUCCAGCCGCACCACAGCAUUACUAUGUACCCCAGUCUGUCUAUCCGAAUCAGUACGAUCACAGCUACGCCUGGGCCCAGUGGGCAAGGAAUCAAGCGGCGAACGUAACCACGACAUAUCAGGGCUACAGUGGCACGCCUUUAGGAACAUCCUACACCCCAGCUUACACGGUGAAUCAAGGUAAUGUUCCCUCGAUAACGCCUCAUCCUCCCUCCAGACAAUCAUCGACUGCGACGACGCCUUACAUCCAAGCUGCCAGCUUGCCGCUCUUGCAACCUGUACCCACCGGCAACCAGUCUGCAAGCAAUCCAAAGGCUCUCAGUAGCGAGGUAUACGUUGCGAUCUCCAUUCAGGAAGGCCUGCAUAUCCUGUUAUGGCAAGGAAAUUCUGUUCUGGUUCAAGGCCUUAUAUCGAACGCUCUUAGAAAUAACCAAUUGGCUUGUUUAACGGCCGUUAUUUCUCAAAAAAUCGUCCAGGGACUGCAAGCCGCUGGUUUACCGCAGGCUGAGGUAUUCCAGGAACUUUUGAGGACCGAAGUGGUGGAAACGUUCAAGACCCACUGGAAAUGGGACGGCGACUGGCGAAUCGAAUCCGAACUCUUGGUCAACCAACCUCAACACAAAGGCAUCAACAUGGCGAGCUAUCUAGGCGCCCUAUUCGCGGUUGGCAUUCUCUCAGGCGACGACGUCCACGUAUGCUUGGACGUCCUACGUCACCACGCUGUUCAUUUUGAUCGACUACGCGCAAUGCACGCCAUCAUCAUUGAAGCUGGCGACAAAAUGUGUUUCGGAUAUGCGAGUAAAAUCAAGACAAAGUUUCUCCGGGAUAUGCUCGCCGAGAGGUGUCCCGUGUCUGGCCAGUUUGUUUGGGGCCCGGAUGUCUAUGGUUCCGUUGCUGUUGAGAAUAUGUUGAAAAUCAUCGACGGUUGGUUCUCGAACUCUGAGCAUCAAAGUGAAAGUGGCCGGAAAGAAAACCGAAACCAGGCAAGGCCACCCAGGAUGAGGGCAAGCAGCAAAGGUGGCGGAAGUCAAACUCGAAACCGAAUGCUCUAA